AUGACCUUCCCGGAUGACCCGACACAUACCAUUCGCGAAAUGGCCCAUGAAUGUGUCCAACGCUUCGAGAGUAUCGAGGCCAACUGCGAUGAGUCUAUACUUUCAAGGGAAAUAUCGCCGGAGGUUUACUUGCCCGGUGACGAAAUAGAACCCACCUUCACUUUCUCCAGCACUCGAGAGGAGUUCGACCUUUGGAUCUAUGAUACCGCGGUACUAUCACCCAAGCCGUGGUCAUUAGAUUUCAAGACAGAAGGGUCAGAGGUUUACUUGCAGUUGAUGCUUGACUCUUUGCGCAGGAUGACAAAAUCGUUAGCCUCCAUUGAUGACCGUUUUACAAUUCCCUUGGCUGCCCUCACCCCAAAUUCCAUCGAGAAAUUUGAAUAUGUCACUAGAUGGGUACAUGAGGCCAUAGACAUGCUACGCAGAGUGGCCGACAGCCUUCGAAAACUGCGCGAAAGGAAUGUUCAGCAAAGGAGCAUGGCCAGGUUCGCCAACUUUACCAAUGAGGACUUCGUAUUUCGAGACAACAUUACACACCUGAUACGGGGUCGGUUCCCGGCAGCUGGAGCACGAUUGCAUACGCUGCUGGGGGAGUCCAUAGCUAUUCGGCGUCGAAGACUCCUGGACAAACGUCUCCACACAAGCAAGAUUCGCACUAGGCGUGCAACCAGAGAUGGCCCUCUGGUAGAGGAACACGACGACCGGAUGCUGCCAGAUGCUCCGCUAGAUGCCAGCCUCUCGACUCAAAACAGAGCAGCGGAUCAUUCGGAAGGGUCAGGGAAUAGUGUUCCUAAGUUCUCUCUCCCAGGCCACCAAGAUGAGAGAUUUGUUUUCACCACCGUUCACUUGUCAAAAGACGACUGUUUUAAGUAUCCACCUACUCCAGUAAUGGCUGAAGGAGAAACUUGCAUUCAAUGCCCUUUCUGCUCUGAUGAGUUGGAGUUAGGGUCCGACACUAGCAAGGCCUGGGAGGACCACAUGCACAAGGACCUCACGCCAUACCUAUGCCUCCUCCCUGAAUGUGCUGCGGGCCUGACAUUCUUUGAGACUCGCACUGAAUGGAAAGCCCACAUGAGUACAAGGCAUUAUUCAGACUGGAUGCUCAAAGUCGUGCCAAAGUGGUACUGCAGUCUCGAUCAUGACCUGCUUCAAACCUUCCAAACUGAGGGCGAAUGGAGAGAUCACAUGAAAGACACCAGUAGUCAUUAUCUCAAACGAAGACCACCAACCGAGGCCCAAUUAGAUCACUUAGCCAAUGAAUUUGACGAGAUCGCCCCUUCCAGGGAGUUUCUCUGCCCUCUUUGCAGGAGAAUUCCAAACAAUACAGAAGAGUUCUCGGGUAAAGACAGUACCUCAUCUUCAAUGACGAAUAGCCUCCUCCUUGACCAUAUCGCAGGCCAUCUUGAAUCACUGUCAUUGAAGGCGCUUCCCCCCUUUUCGGAUCCUAGCCUGGGCUUGUCUUGCAAUGACCAGCAGUCGAGCAACCCGCGACAACCAAGCGAGAAGAAAGCUACGGAUAUAGAGACUCCUACCGAUGAGGUCAAGCGGUUAUCACCCUCUCAUGAGCCACAAGUCAUUCGCGAUUUUAUCCGCUCUUGCGAAGCCAUUGACGAGGUGACAUCCUCUCCUUUGACAAAAUGCGAAUGCUGCGGGCAAGACGCUCUCGAAGGAGCCAUCCCGAUUAGUCGAGCUAGGCAUAUCAUAACUUACGACGAGAUGGACUUCUUUACAGAGUCUGACGCAGAGACCAACUCCCUCAGAAACUGUCCUUGCUGCGGGCAGGACGCUAACAAAGGAGUUCUUACGUCUGGCCCAAUCAAAAUGUUUUCGAAGGUGCCCAAAAUUCCUGUCUCCAUAGGUUUUGGCCAAGGAUACUGGCUAGGGUGUAAUCGCUCCAAGGUUCCAGGCUGGUUCCAUAUUUGGGCGUCAUGGCGGAUGCGGGGUGAUUCCUACCCUCGAAUGGACCCAAUCUUGAUUUGCUUAACUCACCCAUGCUUUCCAGUCAUGUGUCCAAAACAUCCACUUCCAAAAGUGCAUGACUCUACAAAUGUCAGCACCAAUCGCGAGCUCGAUAUAUUACUAUUGAGAGCAUCGCAGGCUUGUCAUCGUGAAGCAGUUAAAUACUUCAUCAUCGAGGGGGCAAAUGUCAAUACAGUUGACCAUCUUGGGAUGUCACCGCUCUCAUGGGCAGCAGUGUUGGGAGACGGGAUUGUUGUCCAAUCACUUCUUGAGAAUAAGGCAGACAUUGAGCAACGCGACAAAGCAUUUGAUCGAACACCAUUGUCGUUGGCAGCCCUUAAUGACCACCAGGCUGUUGUACAGCGACUUCUCAAUGCUGGGGCGAAUGUUCACUCAUGCGAUUCGUCAAACCGUACACCACUCUUCUGGGCUGUGUCUAGAGGCCAUGAAUGGAUCGCGAAAACGCUUUUAGCCUUCGGCGCACGCUAUCAAGAUUCAGGUCCUUUUUUCCCCAUGAGCUAUUCUGGCCAUAUUACAGAUGAUUCGUUGCCCCACCCUGCUAUGAUGGAUCGCCUCUGGUUAAGCAUUCGAGAAAGAGAUAAAGCAGCUGUGGUUAUAUUUCUUGACCAACAUCAUCAACACAUUCAUAAAAGGCAUUUCUAUUCAGGGAAAACGAUACUAGAUCUUACUAUCCAAAAAAUGGACUGGGAAGCCGUCAAAAUGCUUUUGCAAUACGACGCCGAGAGGCUGCAACACAGAUAA